UGUAAGAGUAUAGAGCUAUUAAAUAUUGAGUUUUCUGUCCUAUGGAACAGCUUCACCCAUCCUUUGGACCAGGCCUUAAGUGGUCAUGCUUCCACUGUCUGGGGAGGUGAAAUCUUCAUCUCUGGAGGCUUCAACUGCAAGUACCAAUGCCUGCUGUCGAUGUUUCUCUACCACCCAGUGAGAGGAACCACAUACCUCGCUGACAUGACCCAUGAUCGGGCCCAGCACUGCAUGGAGAGCAUGAGAAACCAUUUCUACGUAGCUGGCGGGGUGUGCAACCUCCGUAAGUACUAUACCAACCAGCUGGUCUGCGAGAUGUACGACCCCAUGCACGACACCUGGACGGUGUUCACUCCUCUUCCCAUUCCCCACGUCGGUGCGGCCUCUGCUGUUCUAGAGGAGAGGAUGUAUAUUCUAGGCGGUUAUUGCCAGGAGGACUAUAGCGAGGCAAGGCUCACGCAUCGCUAUGACCCUGUGACUCAGAGAUGGGACAGCAUGGGAAAGAUGCCCGGUCCUGUCACAGACGUGCGCGCAUGCCUCCUUCAUCUUCCUGAUCACAUCAGAAAAUGA